ACAAAAUCGACCAAAUGGAAGUGACACGCGAAGAAGGAGGCAUCCCGGAUGUGGUGCUGCCGAGCGACGUGUUCGACCUCGACUUUCACCCGAGCCGCAAUGUGGUGGCGGCCGGCAUGAUCGACGGCAAAGUACAAGCGUACACGUACACCCCCGAAGGCAACACGUGCGUUCUGUCGUUGAAUCACCACCAAGAUGCGUGUCGUGUUGUCAUGUUCUCAGAGGACGGCAGUGCGUUGUACACUGGAUCAAGUGACAAAUCCAUUCGCGCGUACGACGUCAAUGGUGGCGUGUUGUGGGCCGAAUUAAACGCGCACUUGAACCCAGUGAACCAAUUGCACAGCAUUUCCAACAACGUGUUUACCAGUGGCGACGACCAAGGCUGUGUCAAGAUGUGGGAUGUUCGCCAACACCGCUGCAUCGUUGAGUGGAAUGAACACACGGACUACAUUUCCGACAUGACCACCAACGAGUCUAAGUCGACGCUGUUGGUCACGGGCGGGGACGGCCGUCUGUCCGUGUACGACUUAAAGAAGAACAAGUUUGUUCAAAAGAGUGACGAGCUGGACGACGAGUUGCUCUCUGUCCAGAUCAUCAAGAACGGGCGCAAAGUCGUGUGCGGGUCCCAGGACGGCGUGCUGGUCAUCUUCAGCUGGGAUACGUGGGGAGACAUGUCUGAUCGAUUCCCCGGGCACCCCGACUCGGUGGAAACCAUCCUCAAAGUGGACGAAGAUACAGUCUUGACCGGCUCCAGCGACGGCAUCAUUCGGUCCCCACCGUUCGGUUCGAUUGUCGAUCCUCAUAUACUAGUAUCAUCGUAGGGUCGUGCAACUCCACCCGAAUAAACUGCUGGGGCUCAUCGGAGACCACGAAGACAUGCCCGUGGAAGUGCUCAAGUUUUCACACGACAGACGCAUCGUCGGCAGUGUCGCACAUUCCAACAAGGUGCACUUCUGGGACGUUGGGUACCUCUACGACGACGACGGUGGUGACGACGAUGGUGACGACACCGAAGAGGCCAAAGGACUCGAGUUUGACCCCAAGGGAGAUGACGACUCGAUGGACGACAGCGAUGACGACAGUGAUGACGCCGGCGGACAAGGCGGUCGACAAGCGUUCCCUACCAAGCGGGAGGCGUUCUAUUCCGACUUGUAAACGUGUACUAGUACAUAUUUUAACAUGGAACGUGUGCCGAA